AUGCAACGCUGCACACCAGUUUUGCUUUUGCUGCUGUGCUCUCUCUUAACCCUUCCCAAUGAUACGGUUGCACGGCCCAAGAUGAGUCGAAGAGAACUGAGAAGAUAUCUCCCUCGGGAACCACCAGCAGAGCCCUCAUUUCAUCACCUUCGAAGCGUAGUCUUGCUUCAACGCACCGGAAGUGAGAAGGAUUCAGUAUCAGAGUGUAAUGGAGAAACUCCAUUUCCCACGGGAGAACCGGUUUUGGUCAACACAACACUGGCCGACGGCACCAAACGUCGGUUCGUCAUCUACGUUCCUAGUUCAUAUGCCGAGCGGAAAGAAAAGGUUAGCCUGAAACUUCUAUUUCAUGGCCUUGCGGGUGAUUGUGCCACCUUUCUUAACACUACAGGUUUCAUUCCGCAUGCAGAAAAGGAUGGCUACAUCUUAGCGAGUGCUUGUGGAACUUCCAGUUUGAUGGGUGCUGGAUGGAACGCCGGUGAGUGUUGCCUUUUCUUUAAUGGCGCCGCCCCUAAUGACACUGAGUUCGCGAAACACAUCAUCGAUGUUGUAUCAUCCAAGGCGUGCGUGGACCGGAAUAAGAUAAUGUCGGUCGGUUACAGCAAUGGGGCAAUGCUGUCCGAAUUGCUUGCUUGUCAGAACCCUCCUAUUGUGCGAGCCGUCGCUUCUGUUGCCGGCACUCUGGCAAUGUCUCCGGGUGGCGAAGGCGGUAUCGCAGCGUGUGCAAAGAUGUUGCGGGGUGGUGAAAGCGGCUGCAGGACUAGCAUAUUGAAGAUUAAUGGCAUGCGCGAUGGGUACGUCCCAUUUCGUGGGAGUUCUUUUCUCAAUUUACCGGCCAUUUCUGAAAAUGUCAAGGGUUGGGUCAGUGCCAACGGCUGCCGCGGACGCGGAGUCACAACAAUUAGCAAUAGCAAGUUUCGGAACAAGGUGUACAAUGAUUGCAGUAGCGAAAACGGUGUGCUUUAUCGGUUCUGGUGCUUCAUACACCGACUGGCACAUUUUCCUACUGGAUUAGGGAGCAAAAAGAGUACCGAUGUGAAUACUAGUGAUGCCAAUGAAAAAGAUGCAACUGGUGAAGAUGCUCCAGCAACCGAGACUUGUAAAAAAACUGUUGUCGAGUCGGUUUAUGCGUUGGAGGGUACUCACGAGUGGCCCAAUAAAGAAAAUUUCUCGGCAACGGCCUAUAUAUAUGAAUUCGGAAAGCGUGUACUCGGCAGUUAUUGA